AUGUCUUCAGAAUCCACGCCGGACCUAGACCCCAUUGCUAUAGUCGGUCUUGCGGCACAACUCCCUGGCAAAGCAACAACUGUGCAGAGCCUCUGGGAUCUUAUACUUGCCGGAGAGUCAACAGUUUCCGAAGUUCCACCAGACCGCUUCUAUAUCGAUGCAUUUUAUCACCCAAAGUCAGACAGGCUAAGUGCUACAAGUACUCGGUACGGCAACUUUCUGAAGCGCGACCUGGGAGCCUUUGAUGCUGGAUUCUUCAACACACCUCCUCUAGAGGCCACAACAAUGGACCCGGCACAACGUAUCCUUCUCGAGACGGCCUAUCAUGCUCUCGAAAAUGCCGGACUCCCAAUGGAGUCGGUGGCUGGCUCCGACAUGGCAUGCUAUGUCGGUGCGAGCGGAAAAGACUACGAGUCACUUUUAUUGAAGGACCCUGACCACCACGCUAAAUAUACCAUGACUGGUAUUGGCACUGCAAUGCUUGCAAACCGAGUCAGUUGGUAUUUUGAUCUACGAGGGCCUAGCUUCACUCUAGAUACGGGAUGCUCGAGCAGUAUCAUUGCGUUGCACCAAGCCUGCGCGGCUCUUCGAGCAGGCGAGGCUGACGGCGCUCUCGUCGGGGGCAGCAAUCUAUCUAUUGUGCCCGAUGCGGGAAUGAUUCCCUUAUCCAACAUGGGGUUUCUCUCUCCAGAUGGUCGCUGCUGGAGCUUCGACAGUCGAGCUAAUGGGUUUGGCCGAGCUGACGGCCAAGGUUUCAUCGUGCUCAAGCGACUGUCAGACGCUGUUCGGGAGGGCCUUGUUGUUCGUGCCAUAGUUCGUUCAACGGCCAUAAACCAGGACGGCCGUACCCCAGGAUUGACGAUGCCAAGUGCCGAAGCGCAAGUCUCAAAUGUAAUGGCGGCUUAUAAGGCCGCCGGGCUUGAUCUCGGCUCUACCACAUACUUUGAAGCCCAUGGCACCGGUACCCAGGUCGGGGACAUGAUUGAAGCAACGGCUAUCCACCGAGCUUUCAACACAUCGUCGGAGAAGCCACUAUAUAUUGGCUCUGUAAAAGCUAAUAUCGGACAUUUGGAAGCUGCCGCAGGUCUAGGAGGGGUUUUCAAGUCCAUCUUCAUGUUAGAAACCGGUCUCAUUCCAGGUGAUGCAUGUUCAGGAACAGGAAAGCCAAACCCGCAAAUUCCGUUUCAAGAAUGGGGCUUACGGCUUACACCGACAACGAUUCCUUGGCCGCGUAGCGGUUUACGCCGUAUUAGCUUGAAUAGUUUUGGGUAUGGCGGUAGCAAUGCGCAUGCUAUAUUGGAUGACGCUCUCAACUAUUGUUCGAAGAGAGGAAUUGUCGCCCACCACCUUACGACGGCUGACAAUCUUAACACUUUUUGUCAUGCCAACUUCCAUUCCAACGGCAAUCUCAAUGGCCACACCAACGGCUACACUAACAGCCGUAGUAUUCAUCAUGCCAAUGGAGUUGACGGUUUGAUUGAUGCAAACCUGUCCUCCGAAAAAAGUGUUACUAGAAUUUUCAUGCUCUCAGCAGCUGAUGAGAACGGUAUAGACCGUCUGACGACUCGGCUCGAGGAUCACUUUCGAUGCCAAGGCCCAAUGACAAAGAAGAAGGCCGGACGGUAUCUUGCUAGUCUUGCUUAUACCCUCAGCGACAGAAGAAGUAAACUUCCUUGGAAGUCCUUUUUCUUAUCCAACUCUAUUUCUGAUCUCCAGGAAAACCUGGCAACAAGAGUUUCGAAGCCCACCAGAUCACCGCUUGCAUCUCACCUAACAUUUGUAUUUUCUGGCCAAGGAGCCAAUUAUGCCAAGAUGGGCAUUGACCUCAUUCCAGUCUACAAAGUCUACCGCGAGAGUAUCGAGAAAUCAGACCGAUUGAUGCGGGAUCUAGGAAGUGAUUGGUCGUUGCUCGAUGAGCUACAUAGGGAAAAUGAAAACACUCGGGUCUUCAUUCCCAAGUUCUCACAACCCCUCUCCACCGCACUGCAAAUCGCCUUGUUUGACCUGGUCGAAUCGUGGGGCCUCUGUGCAAAUGCUGUAAUAGGCCACUCUUCUGGCGAGAUUUCCGCUGCAUACGCUAUUGGGGCUUUAUCUCACAAGUCUGCAAUCCAGGUGGCGUAUUUUCGGGGUGUUGUCGCAGACAAAAUGGAAAAAUCCGGCAAUGUUGAUGGAUCAAUGGCUUCAGUGGGAUUAUCAGAGGAAGAGAUCGCGCCGUACAUUGCUGACUUGGAGACCAAGUACGGUCGGCAGUGUGUUCAAGUUGCCUGCGUAAACAGCAAUCUUAACGUGACUCUAUCAGGCCAGAGAACAGCCCUCGUUGCCUUGGGCGACCAGCUUGCUAAGAAGAAUAUCUUUUGCCGGCCGCUUGCAAUUACAGUCCCGUAUCACUCGAUACACAUGAAUCUCGUCGCUGACGAAUAUUUGCGUCACAUGGGCAGUCUGGAACCAAAACAACCCAGGCAGCCAUUUUCUAAAGAAAUGGAAAAAGGAAAUCGUAUAAUGAUGUUUUCCUCUGUCACUAAGGACAAUAUGUCGCUUGAAGCGCUCCGAGACCCUCAAUACUGGGUGGAUAACCUACUUGGUCGCGUCAACUUCUACCCUGCGAUGAAAAAGCUCAUCUCUUCUGCAGCCCAGGCUGAAGGAGGCUACGGGCAGAUGCUCGAAGUGGCGCCGCAUGCCGUCCUGCAGCGAUCCAUUAGAGACAUCCUAGUUUCUCUGAACCAAGAUAAAAACUUCGAACUUGCCUGUCGCAACAUCCCUGUCAACAUCAACAGUGUGAACAACCCCCUACUAGAUAAUAGUGUGGUAGCGCCAUUGACCACCCUGCCCAACUACCCGUUCAAUCAUUCUCAAUCGUACUGGCAUGAAAGUAGGAUUAGCGUUAACCACAGGUUCCGGAAAUAUCCUCGGCACGAGCUGCUUGGAUGCCGCGCUGUAGAUUGGAAUCCAUUGGAACCGCGAUGGAGAAACAUCAUGGCAGUUUCAGACAUUCCUUGGCUACAGGAGCCUGCCCUAGAUGACAGCGUUAUACUUAACCCUGCCGCUCUACUCACGCUUCCUAUUGAGGCUCUAAGACAGCUCUAUAACUACGAUACAAGUUUCUCGGAAUACGAGUUGCGUAAUGUCUCAUUUGGUUCCCCUCUCAUUUUCACCGUUAACAGGAAAGAGAUUGAAGUCCAAACCGCGCUCAAACAAAUGGCGCCGGUCGAUAACAGUCUCCGCUGUAUGUACACCUUCACACUAUACGCCUGGGAGACCGAUGAGCCUCGUGUUUUAUGCUCAGGAACUCUGUCCGGAAAGCACUUGAACCAAUAUCACCGCCCAGACACUGGAACACUAAGGCAGGAAUGGUUAGAUAAAUACGCCACAGAAUGCACCGAAAGUGUCGAACCCAAGGUAUUCUACAAGAAUAUGGGAGCCAUGGGGUAUUUGGCUGGCCCUGCUUUUCAAAAAGCGUCAUCAAACUUCAAGUUCAACGUUCAAGAAGGCAAAGCGAUUGUUGGUAUAGACCUUUCUCGGAACGGAGCGCACGUCACAGGGACCGGUGAAGAUGAUUACUUUAUGCAUCCAACUUCUUUAGAAACUAUUUUUCAAAUCAGCAAAGCGGCGAUUGCCAUGGGUGGUCUCAAAAAAAUCCCACGUCUAUACCCAACAACACUGAAAUCAAUUAUCAUUUCUGGCAAAUUUAAACGGAGCACACAGCCCGCAUUGUGCCUCACCUCUAAGAUUAACCGAAAGUGCUUCCGCGAUUUGGAAACCUCCAUCAUCGGCAUAGAUGUCGAAGACCUCGAAGAAAUUAUCGUCGUAAACGGUCUCUCGGAAGGGUCUGACUACAAUCUUGAUUCUUACCAAGCCGAACCGGAUCUGUACAUCUCCAGCAUACUGUGGAAACCGGACAUUUCCAGACUCAGUACUGAGCAAAUAGUUGAGUACUUGGAUGCGUCGACCAAAGAAUUUGGCCAUGCAGCCUCGACGAAAAUUGAUGUAGACCUCCAAGAGCUGAUCUCGCUAGAUGCAGUACGCGAGGCGCUCCACGCAGUUGAUCAAGAGAAGGCCAAAAGUUUACCCGACUUCCUCCAGAGAUACUAUGCGUGGAUGCAAGCCGUUUGGAAUUACGAAAAAUACACAUCGCUACUGGCCGCUCAUCCACGGCUUGCGAACCCAGAAACGCGUCCUGCUUAUGUGGAAGAAUUCAUUGCGCGUAAUCCGACAGGCGAGCUGUUGAGCGAAACUAGCAAGGCCAUAGUGCCUAUCCUCCAAGGUAAAAUGAACGGCCUUGAUUUCUUAUUCAAUUGCGGACUCGCGGACCGAUUCUACAGUAGUAGUGUGCACGACCUCGCAUACAACCGCAUUUCGUCGUUUGUCGACCUGAAAGCACACAAGAACCCUGAGCUCAAGAUCCUCGAGAUUGGAGCUGGCACAGGCGGAGCUACACGUCCCGUUCUGCAGGCACUCUCGAGUCUGGGUGCGAACAAAGGGGUUCUGAGAUUUAGCGAGUAUUGUUUUACCGAUAUUUCACCAGCUUUCUUCGAAAAGGCUCAAGAGAGCUUCUCAUACAAACUGCCAAGAAUGGUUUUCAAGGUGCUAGACAUCGAGAAGGACCCCGGGAGUCAAGGUUUCGAGGAGAAUAAAUACGACAUCAUAAUCGCCUCUCUGGUGCUCCACGCUACUACGAGUUUACGUAGAACGCUACGACAUGUAAGAUCUCUGUUAAAUGAUGGUGGGCAACUGAUCUUGUAUGAGACAACUGGUACUGAGACGUCUCGUGUUGGCCUCACGUUCGGCUUAGUACCUGGUUGGUGGUUGGGUGCUGAGCCGGAACGGAGACUCACGCCAUGUGUCUCGACCGAAGGAUGGCACAAAGCUUUGGUUGAUGCUGAUUUUCUCGGCAUUGACUUUGACCUCCCAGACCAUGACACCAACGACCAUAAGUCUCAAUCAGUCUUGGUCGCAACGGCCAAACUCGCAGAUCCUCGAUCAGAUACCGCUCCCCGAGAUGUCAUUCUCGUCGUGGAUGACAAGGAGUCUGAACAGAUCAUACUCGCAGAACAAAUUAGACAUAUUGGAAAUAAGGUUGAAUUCCUGCAUUUUUCAGUCAAAACCAUGAGGCAGCUCACGACAGACUCUUCUCAAAAUGCAACAUAUGUGUUCCUUCUCGAGUCCCGAAAUUCAUUCCUGAAAGACAUGAGCGAGUCUGAUUUCGACUUAAUGAAGCUCCUUCUCACUCAAAAAGGUGUACGGGUGAUUUGGGUAACAAAUGGUUGUGGUCUCAGAGCCGCGAAUCCAGAGUUCGGCAUGUUCACCGGUCUGGGACGCACGUUAACGACUGAGCGAUUGGACUGUCGGUACACUGAGCUUUCCUUCGAGGAGUCUGAUGCAAAAGCUCUUGGUCCUGUGAUUUUUUCUACUCUUUACCGAUCAUUUGAUGCUCAUGUGCUUCACGAGCCAGAGAUUUCUUACCGCAAAGGCCUUUUCCACGUACCACGCGUCAUGACAUCAACCACGCUCAAUCAACAUCUCAAAGACCAAAUCAUUUGCCCAGAGCCCGAGCUUGCAACCUUGAAGUCCAACAAUGGACGCGCUCUAGCUCUUUCGAUCCAAGAGCCUGGCAACCUAGACAGUAUAUACUUCAAGGACAUGCCAAACGCGAAAGCUCCCCUGGCAUCGGAUGAAAUCUUGAUCAAAAUCAAAGCAUUAGGUCUUAGUAUGCCUGACUAUCUCAUCGCGACAGGUGAGAAGGCUGGAGCUGGAUUCGGUAACGAGUUUUCUGGCAUUAUAACUGAUGCAGGUCCGAAAACUGGGUUUGCGACUGGCGAUUGCGUGUACGGAUAUUGUUUAUCUGGGGCUGUGGGCACAUAUAUUCGGACAGAGGCGUCGACUGUCGCGAGGAUGUCUCCGUCUCUGUCAUUUAUUGAGGCUGCCGGGCUUCCAUACGCCUGUUACACCGCAUACUAUGCCAUCAUUAAGAUGUCGAGGCUUCAAGCAUCAGAUAGAAUCUUGAUUCACAGUGGUACAAGUCCUGCUGGACUCGCAUGCGCUCAAAUGGCUGUGGGCCUAGAUGCAACAGUGUAUAUGACUGUCGAUGAUCAAGAGCAACUCGACAUGGUGACAAACCUUGUCAAUAUUCCACGAGAUCGCGUUUACACUCAUAAAGAUAGGAUCUUAGCCGAAUUCGAUAUAAUUCUGAACCUCGCGAAUAGCGCCGAGCACUUUUCCUCAUGGCUAAAUAUUACCGACGGGGGCAGGUUCAUUGAGGCAAGCGACGUCGAGGGAAGAGUCAAGCAAAGUAUAGAACAAGCAUGCGAUGGGAGUGUGACAUACACAAGGCUAGCCAUUCGCUCUAUACUAGAGAAUGCAAUGCGUGCUCAAUCAGGAGGUAUGCUAUCUGCCGCAACCCAACUUGUGACAGAGCCUGCAGAGACAAUUUGCUUGCCAUCACCAGAAGUCUUCUCUAUUGCAGAUUUAAAGGCCGCGAUUGAGAGAGUGCGCACAUGUCGGAAUGGUGCCAAGGUUGUUGUCAAUAUGGAUGAAGGCGCUACAGUUGCCGUGGUGCCAGCUCCAAGAGUCCCGCACAAAUUCAAAGAGCAGGCAACGUACGUCGUCGCAGGCGGCUUCGGCGGUCUCGGGCGCGCCUUAAUCCCUUGGAUGGCUGAGCGUGGUGCGCGCAACUUCAUUGUACUUUCAAGAUCCGGUUGUUCCUCCGAAGCAGCCAGGAGUCUCGUUACGGAUAUGGCGGAUAAAGGGGUGCGAAUCGAGUCGCCCAAAUGUGACCUGACAUCGGUGGAUUCGGUUCGCGCCGCAGUCAACAGCGUGAGAGACACGAUGCCUGCCAUCAAAGGCUGCCUCCAGGCGGCCAUGGUCCUUUCGGAUGUGGUUUUCGAAAACAUGACGCACAGUCAUUGGAUGGAAGCCACGAGACCCAAGGUGCAGGGCACAUGGUCGCUGCAUUCUGUUCUCCCACGUGGAAUGGACUUCUUCAUCAUGCUCUCAUCUAUAGCCGGCAUCAUGGGCUCUCCAGGACAGAGCAACUAUGCGGCGGGCAACACAUUUCAAGAUGCGCUAGCACGACAUCGGCGGGCACAAGGAGAACACGGCAUCGCACUUGAUCUCGGCGCAAUAUCUGGCGUCGGUGCGGCCGCCGAGCGCAACUUGGAUGACGAACUUGAGCGUCGUGGAAUGGGGAGCAUGCCGAAGCCCGAUUUGCUUGCGUGUCUCGAGUACUGCCUUUCUCCUUCCUUGGACGGCUAUCCCGAAGUGACACAAAUGGUCACUGGUCUCGGUUAUUUUGCGUCGCUGUCGCAAGAAGCCAAAGAAGAUAUUGCGUGGUCGCAUAAGCCUCUUUUCAGCGCACUGCGACAAACUACCAGGAAAGGGGGGGCCGAGGACGAGGAGACUUACAAAAGAUUGAUUUCGCCAUCCAUCUUGCUUAAAGAAGCACAGGAAGACUCCCACGCGACCAACGUGGUGCUAGGGUCUUUGAAGGCGAAGCUAUCGCGCGUGCUUUCCGUGUCAGUCGACGAUAUCGAUGCCUCGCUACCAGUCUAUGCGUCUGGAGUAGACUCGUUAACUGCCCUCGAGAUUAAAAAUUGGUUUUCAAAGGAGAUUGGCGUAGAUGUACCAGUUUCAGAGCUUAUGCGCGACCAAAGUUUAUUUGCGCUCGCUAGUCAUGCUGCAAGAAACAGCGAAUUUAGGACUUUUAAACAAGGUUAA